AGCAAGAGCCAUUUUAAUCAGGCAACUUCCUGUUUUUCACUGGAGAGAGACUGUUCACUCCGGCUUACGUUUCAUCCAGGCUGGCUGUGGAGGAACAAUGGUGACACUGAAUCGUUUGAGUGUAGAAGAUCCAGACGAUGGAGGUCCACUGCUGCCUGUGGUUGCAGAGACUACAACACCAACACCUGUCAGUCACAGACAGAGAAUCGUUAUAAACACUGAGUCCAGGGAUUUUUUCCUCACCAGGAAGGAGAAUUUGAGCAUCAGUCUGAUCCUGUUGAUCGGAUGCUACUUGGUUAUUUUGAUUCCUGCACAUAUCCCAUUGAAGAAAGCAGCAAACGUCAGCUAUGACUACCUACACUCCAAAGAUCUGGUCUUAUUAAAUCGGUCAGCCGCUCUGUUAGCACAUCCCUGUGAGCCUCGGUGGUCUCCAAGCCACAUGAAGCCUUUGUCCCAUUUUGAAGGCCUCCUGGACAUCCCAGUGUUCCUGCAGGAUCGACCUCUGGUGUGGAAUUUGACGCCUCCGCUCGGGCUCCAGGGCAGUGAAGAACAUCUGUCCGUGGCUCUUGCCUUGAUGCCUCAACCUGGGCUGCCUUCAUCGCUGACAAACGCAAACAGCUGCAGGAGAUGUGUGGUGGUGGGAAACGGAGGUAUUCUUCAUGGGAGCCAUCUUGGAUCACAUAUAGAUCAGUAUGAUGUCAUUAUUAGGCUGAAUAAUGCUGCAGUGCACGGAUUUGAGAGAGAUGCUGGUUCGCAUACAACCAUCCGCCUGAUGUAUCCAGAGGGAGCCCCUCACUCUCCUAAUGAGUACAAAAAGACUGCUAUGGUUGCUUUGGUGGUCUUUAAAAGUCUGGACUUGGACUGGCUGACUUCUGUCAUCACCAAGCAGCCUCUGAGCUUCUGGUCCAAAAUGUGGUUCUGGAGGGAGGUGGUGGAGGAUAUUCCCCUGAAACCAGAAAACUUCAGGAUCCUCCAUCCAGAGAUUAUUCACAAAACGGAGCAAGUCCUCCAGAAAUAUAUUCUGAAGCAAAAAAAUAUGGUGCCAACAUUAGGAGCCAGUGCUGUGGUGAUGGCUUUGCAGCUGUGUGACCAAGUGAGCCUGGCAGGGUUUGGUUACGACAUGCAACACCCAGAAGCAAGGCUGCACUAUUACGAGACCAUACGCAUGGACUCCAUGAAGGCUCAAGUGGUGCACGACAUCAGCGCUGAAAAACUCUUCUUGAGGGACCUGGUGUCUUCAGGAGCGGUGACCGACCUCACAGGAGCUCUUUGAGCCCAGGAAUGACACAAUGAACUCUCUAUGCACUCCUCAGUUCCUGCUGCGAGCUUCUUCUGUAAUGUCCUCUGCACAGAAGCCUCCUCAGCGUGGUCUGACCUUUAACAUGCUCACAGUCUCCAGGCUUCUCCCGACUGUAAAUGUUAAAGGACUGUAAAAGCUCGAGGAUUUGUAACUCAGUUUCAGUGAACUCAUAUCUUCAGCUGAUGUAAGUAUAAUAAUAAAAUAUGUAUUAGAGUGGUCAGACAAAAUACUCAGUGAUUAAAUAAAUGCUACGU